AGUUUCCUUUUGGCCUGAACUUGGCUGACCUCGGUAGCUUCCGCCCGACUCUGGCUAAAGUCUUGGAGGCUACUGCCUGAAGAUGACCUCUAGGGACCAGCCCAGCCCCAAGGGCCCCCCAAAAAGCACUUCGCCUCAUCCUGGGAUGUCGAACUCUGAGAGGUCUCCGACGAUGAAUUAUCAGGGCAUUCUAAAUCGGCUCAAGCAGUUCCCCAGGUUUUCUCCUCAUUUUGCUGCGGAGUUGGAGAGCAUUUACUACUCGCUGCACAAGAUCCAGCAGGAUGUGGCGGAACAUCACAAGCAGAUAGGAAACUUCUUACAGAUUGUGGAGAGCUGCAGCCAACUCCAGGGUUUCCAGUCUGAGGAGGUCUCACCUGCUGAACCAGCCAGCCCUGGGACAGCCCGGCAAGCGGAGGACAAGAGCCUGCAGGAGUCGAGCUUUGAGAACAUCAUGACCACCAGGUCCUCCGACUGGCUCCGGCGGCCUUUGGGGGAGGAUGAUCAGGCAGAGACCCAGCUGUUCUGGGACAAGGAGCCUUGGUUUUGGCACGAUGCUCUGACAGAGCAACUCUGGCGGAUUUUUGCUGGCGUCCACGAUGAGAAGGCAAAGCCCAGAGACAGACAGCAGGCACCAGGCCUGGGGCAGGAAAGCAAGGCACCAGGAUCCUGUGACCCAGGAGCAGACCCAUGUCCGGAAGAUGCUUCCACCCCCAGGCCACCUGAGACCUCCUCCAGCCCCCCUGAGGGUUCCCAAGACAGGAACACAAGAUGGAGUAUGGUCCAGGAGCGUCCUGGAGGAGCCCCUCGGUUUCUGCAGUCCAUAUCCUGGGACCCUGAGGACUUUGCAGAUGCAUGGAAGAGGCCAGAUGCCUUGCCUGGGCAGUCUAAGAGACUUGCCGUCCCGUGCAAACUGGAGAAGAUGCGGAUUUUGGCACACGGGGAGCUCGUGCUCGCCACGGCCAUCAGCAGCUUCACGCGGCACGUGUUCACCUGUGGCAGAAGAGGCAUCAAGGUGUGGAGCCUGACUGGCCAGGUGGCUGAGGACAGGUUCCCUGAGAGCCACCUGCCUGUACAGACCCCUGGGGCCUUCCUGCGCACCUGCCUGCUGUCCUCAAACAGCAGGAGCCUGUUCACCGGUGGCUACAACCUGGCCAGCGUGAGUGUGUGGGACCUGGCGGCGCCCUCCCUGCAUGUGAAGGAGCAGUUGCCCUGUGUGGGUCUCAACUGCCAGGCCCUGGACGUCAACCUGGAUGCCAACCUGGCUUUCGCCAGCUUCACCAAUGGUGUGGUCAGGAUUUGGGACCUGCGGGAUCAGAGUGUGGUCAGGGACCUCACGGGUUACCCUGAUGGAGUCAAGACUUUCGUGGUCAAGGGCUACAACAUCUGGACUGGGGGUCCGGAUGCCUGUCUGCGGUGCUGGGACCAGAGGACCAUCAUGAAACCUCUGGAGUACCAAUUCAAGUCUCAGAUAAUGAGCCUGUCCCACAGCCCCCAGGAGGACUGGGUGCUGCUGGGCAUGGCCAAUGGCCAGCAGUGGCUGCAGAGCACCAGCGGGAGCCAGCGACACAUGGUGGGGCAGAAAGACAGCGUCAUCCUGAGCGUCAAGUGCUCCCCCUUUGGCCAGUGGUGGGCAAGCGUUGGAAUGGACAACUUCCUUGGUGUCUACAGCAUGCCGGCGGGGACAAAGGUGUUCCAGGUGCCCGAGACGUCCCCAAUGACGUGCUGUGACAUCUCUUCCAACAACCGCCUCAUCGUCACAGGCUCUGGGGAGCAUGCCUCCGUGUACCAGAUCACCUACUGAGGGGCCUUGCUGCUGUCAUCCGACUCCGGCUCCUCUUUUCAUCCCCCCUUUUUUUUUUUUGCCCCCCAACUAGGGGGUCAUGGUGGAGGGAAGCAGGAAGGCUCUUCUGUGGCAUCCAUGAUCCAGUCUGUGGUGUACAGCCUGGUCGCCGUCACGUGUAAUAAAGCACCGGGGAAAGGCAGAGA